AUGAAAAAGAAAAGGAAAACUGGGGACUCUAAAGGGAAGGAAGAGGAAACUGUUAUACUUGAUAAAAAUAAAGUACACCAGUUUGAUAGUGGUUUAGAGUCAAGUAGAGAUGUGAAUCCAUCUCCUCAGGAACUUGAAUACCCUGAUCCUGAGUUCACUGAUUUUGAGAAGUACAGGUCAGAGAACAUUUUUGCUGUUAAUCAAGUCUGGGCUAUUUAUGACACAUUGGAUGGCAUGCCAAGAUUUUAUGCACGGGUGAAGAAGGUGUACCGUCCAGGUUUCAAGCUACAAAUUACUUGGCUAGAGCCUGACCCGGACGAGGAAAAACAGCAGAACUGGGUCGAUCUGGAUCUGCCUGUUUCUUGUGGCAAGUACCGCAAUGGGUCAUCAGAGGCAUGUGUAGAUCGUCUGAUGUUCUCCCAUCGGAUUGACCUCAUAAAACUUUCCAGUAAAUGCUUUUUUGUCUAUUCUCGGAAAGGGGAAAUUUGGGCUCUCUUCAAAGAUUGGGAUGUUAAAUGGGCUUCAGAACCAGAAAAGCAUAAGCCACCGUACCAGUUUGAUUUUGUGGAGGUUCUCACUGAUUUUGAUAAGGAAGUUGGCAUUGGGAUUGCUCAUUUGGGUAAAGUGAAAGGGUUUGUCGGUAUUUUUAGACAAACUGAAUGUGGAGUUAUCUCGUUUCAGAUUUCAUCAUUUGAGCUUUAUAGAUUUUCACAUCGAGUUCCCUCAUUAAGAAUGACUGGCAAUGAAAGAGAAGAUAUACCUGUGGGAUCUUUUGAGUUGGAUCCUGCUUCUCUUCCUACAUACCUUUUUGAGCUGGUUGAUUCUGGUGAUAUGAAGCCGAGUAAUGAGGAUGAAAGUAUCGAAGCUAUAAGAGAUUGCAACUUGACUCAGCCCAAAGGAAGUUCUAUUUCAAAUGAUGUUGUGGAUGAGACGAACAACGAGAAAAAGUGUGAGAAAAAUUAUCUCACCACAGAUUGCCUAAAACUUCAUAGGUCACCGAGAGAUUUGAGCAGCAGUCAAGCAAAUGCAAGUCAAAAUGACACUAGAGAAAAUGGCAAGAAUAAUUCAGUUUCCAACAAAAAUGAAAAGUAUGACAUUUUUGGUAAUACAGAAGGAGAUUCCUUGAAUCCGCUUGUUGGUAACAUGCAUUUACAUGAGAGGGUUAGUGGUACAGUUGAUGUUACUAAAACCUCGAGUGUCUCGACAACAAUGUCUCCUGCACGUAAAGCUUCAAAUUUAGAGUGUUACGAUUUUAAGAGGGAGAAAUCCGAGGAUAAAUUUGCUGUUGAUCAGAUAUGGGCAUUGUAUUGCGGGGAUGGAAUGCCAAAGGAGUACGCCCAAGUUAAGAAGAUCGAAGCUACUCCUGAUUUCAGAUUGCAUGUGGCUCUGCUGGAGGUGUGCUCAAGACCCAAAGACUUGAAAUUUCCUAUUUGUUGUGGGAUAUUUAAAGUUAAAAGUGGUCAAACCAAACUUGUCUCCUGUAAUGAAGUCUCGCAUCAAGUAAGAGUUGAGCACAUAGGAAAAAACAGAUUCAAAAUUUUCCCUAGAACGGGGGAGGUUUGGGCAUUAUACAAGAGCUGGAACUCUUCAGAUUCAAACUUGGGCAAAGGGCUCCAAGAAGUCAAAGAUCUACAGCUGGUGUUAUUGAGAUUCCGGAGACUGAAUUGUCUAGAUUUUCUCAUCUGA